AUGGCGGCGAAAACUGGCGGUGGCUGGGCUGCGCUGGAAUCGAAUCCGGAAACAAUCAAUCCGUUCCUCAAAAAGAUUGGCGUUUCCGGCGUCGAAUGCGUCGACGUCUUCUCAUUCGACGACGAAAUGUUGGAGUUCAUUCCGAAGCCGCAAUAUGCGAUGAUUUUGUGUUUUCCGAGCGCCGAGGCGCGCGAAUUUCUUUCGAAAAAAUACGAGGAAUUUGAGAAAAUUGGCGAAAAACCGAAAGAUGUGUUCUUUAUGAAUCAAAGCAGCGAAAUCGGCAACGCGUGUGGCACAUUCGCCCUAUUCCACUCAUUGGCGAAUCUCGAGAAUCGCAUUAAUUUGGGCGACGGCAAAUUUGCCACGUGGCUCGCCAAAGCCAAAACGGUCAACGAGGACGAGAGAUCGGACUUGUUGUCGGAAGACACGGAUUUGGCUGAGGCUCAUGAAGAGACGGCCGAGAUGGGCGAAACUGAGCAAUCGGAUAAUGUCGACUAUCAUUUUAUCACAUUUGUCAACAAGGAUGGAAAUUUGUAUGAGAUUGACUCGUGCGCUCCAUACCCACGUCCAUUGGGCAAAACGAGCGAUGCGACGCUCGUCAAAGACGCGUCCGGCGCCGUCAAAGAGCUCAUGAACAGCGUGCAGCGUCUGAGCUUCUCGGCGAUGGCGCUCGUCGGCAAAUUCGACUAA